AUGGCACCGGCCCUGCACACUCUCGCGGCCGCCAUGCUGCGGCGUGCCGACGAGUCGUCGGAUGAGAAGAAGACGGACCCCCACAAGGGCACGACGGACGCCCACGACAUCAACAACACGGUCGUCUUUGUCGUCUUCGGCCUCAUCGGCGCCGCCUUUGUCUGCACCGGCAUCUGGUUCUUCUUCUGGGCCAAGAACGGCGGCUUCUACUUCAAGGAGAACGACUGGGACGACUACAAGACGACGGUGCUGCGCCGCCGCGGGCCCAACGGCACCCUCCUGACGGGCGCCACGCCCUCGACCAACCUCGGCGGCGGGUCCGUCUACAAGGACUUUGACGGCCAGCGCGGGGCCCGCGGCGGCGGCGGCGGCAGCGGGUACCGCGAUGACGAGCACGACGACGACGCGACGACGGCUCUGUCGGGCAUCACGGCCGGCGCCUCGGACAUCGCGGCGCGCGAGCGCCGCGAGAAGAAGCGCCGCGACAAGAGCAAGGAGAAGGAGCGGCGCCGCCGCGAGAAGGAGCACAAGAACGAGAAGAAGCACCACGACGAGAAGACGGAGUUUGUGCCCGCCGCGGGCCAGGCGCCGCUGGAGCUCGAGGAGGACGCCGAGCGCGAGGCCAAGCAGCACCUGCGCAGCUACCGCCACGAGCGGCCCGCCCGCGUCGGCGGCCUCAACGCCGCGUCCGAGGCCAGCGAGUGGGAUGGCAGCACGAACCCGGCCGACUCGACCGUCAGCUCGACCCUGCUGUCCAACACGACGCCGCCGCCGAGCAGCCGCAAGAAGGCCGGCGGCAUCCGAAAGGUGUACAGCACGGCCGACCGGACGGCCGACCGCGAGCAGGAGAGGAUCCGGGCCGAGGCGAGGAGGCUGGCCGAGCGGGGACGCGCGGCGGGCUCCGCGCGAAGGGACUUCAGCUACCAGCGCGCCGACAGCAACGUGUCCGAGAGCGACGUCGGUCUGCAGCGGGGCAGCCGCGUCGGUCUCAUUCGCGAGGAGAGCGAGAGCGACAUGGGCACGAGGAGCUACCGCAACGGCAUUCCCGUGCCCAACAGCCCCAGCGCCGUCGGCAGCGACUAUGCCGAGGAGAAGCGCAGGAACAGGCGCGCCGGGUACCGUCGCGAGAGAUAG